GUGAUCCCCGAAGCGUCAUGUCUUCCCGGUUCUCAGAAGGAAACUUUUGACCCCUCUUGUGACGCAGAAGGCAAUUGGUGGGAUUGCUAUGGCUAUGAACACGGUCACGACACACAGUCGCUGGUCACACAAUGUCAGCUUCGCAAUUCUCGGUGCAGUAAUGAGAAACGUGACGACGAAUGUGCGGAGUAUCAUGGCAACUCCCCCAAUGAGCAAGUUGAUAUAGAAAUACCAUCGUUAUGUGGUGUUGGAGGCAAGGGCGCUGCCAAUCAAGGCCCCAUGACAAUAAAAGUUCCGAAGAUGGCGCCCAUUAGGCGGCUCAUUACUGGGUACCGACUCAGUGGCACCGUACGAAUUAUUGCGAAGAAAUAUCGACCUAAGUCGUGUCAGACUCGAAUUAGACAGAGAGCGCACUCAACGAGUCUCCGAGGAUGCUGGAUGCCCCUGCCCCUGCCCCUGCUUGUUCACGAUGAAAGCGACCAAUUCGGAAGCAGUUCCGCAAAAGACCAAGCUUAA